AUGAAGCUCACCACGCCUCUAGCCCUCCUUGCCCUCAUCUCAGGCGGCCACUCCCUCAUCAUCAAGCGAGAUCUCCCAGUCGCGUGGGUCUUAACAGACGUCUUAAACCGCACAAUCGAGCUAGAUUACGCCGUCGGGAACUUCACCAACAAAUUCAAACCCGUUGCAGACGGCGCAGACAACCUCAUCAAGUCGAUCGACAAUGCCCAACGCGUGGCGAACAAUACUCCCUUGAGGAUGAGUCAUUACGAAGUGACGCAAAUCAUUGCACCCUUCAGGCUGCUCCAGGGUAAAGCUGAGGAUCUCUUCGACACCUUCGAGGACCGCAAGGAGGAUGUCGAGAAGGCCAAGGCUUGUGGCAUCACUCACAAGAAACUCGGCAUCAUCGGUGAGACAAUCAGCAAGAUGAUGCGUACAGUUACGAACAAAGUCAAAUUCCCUUGGCCGUUGUUCGUGGUGAAGAGACACGCCAAAAAUAUUAGGAAGCUCUUGGCAGAUACGCAGAGUCUUUUUUCUGAGACUAACUGCAUUGAUGGAUAG